AUGCUCCGGACGACGGGCUCAGCGAUGCUGCGUCGCAGCGUGGUGCAGGCCACUGCACGUCGCGCCUCCUCCACCCACGCCAUCUCGAAGCCUACUCUUGCCAACAUUGAGAAGAGAUGGGAGAGCAUGCCUCUGCAGGAGCAGGCCGAGCUGUGGAUGUCUCUGAGGGAGCGCAUGAAGGAGAACUGGAACGACCUGACCCUCCACGAGAAGAAGGCUGCGUACUGGGUUUCCUUCGGCCCGCACGGCCCGCGAGCCCUCGACCCCCCGGAUGAGGGCAAGAAGGUCGCCAUGGGCGUCGCCAUCGGCCUGGCCGUUAGCUUCAUGAUCUUUGCUACCAUGCGCUCAUUCGCCAAGCCUGCACCUCAUACCAUGACCAAGGAGUGGCAGGAGCAAACCAACGAGUACCUCAAGUCGCAAAACACAGAGCCUCUCACUGGUCUCUCGUCCGAGGGUUACUCUGGAAAGGGACAGGUUCAGUCCCCUCCUGCAUCGAAGCACUAA